AUGCAGACAUCGACGAUGGUAGUGACAGGCGUGGCGACGCUGUUUGCGCUUGGAGGUGACGCAUUCUACUUUGACUACAAACGUCGCAACGACCCCGAAUUCCGGAAGGCCCUGAAGCGCGACAAGAAGCGCCAUGCUAAGACCCAGAAGCUCCAGGCCGAAGCCGCACAUGCUGAGCAGCGACAGACACUCAUUGCUUCAGUCAGGAAUGCGCAGUUGGAUGGUUUCCCGACAGAUGUUGAGGAGAAGGAGGCCUUUUUCAUGACCGAGGUUGCCCAGGGAGAGGCUUUGUGCCAAGAAGGACCUGAAAAGGCUCUUGAGGCAGCUCUGUCCUUCUACAAGGCCCUGAAGGUCUACCCUCAACCAAAGGACCUUAUCAGCAUCUACGACAAGACAGUACCCAAGCACGUCCUCGACAUUCUCGCAGAAAUGAUCGCCCUUGACGGCUCGAUUGCAUUCGGCGGAUCCUCCGUAGGCUCAGGACACGAUAACCCGACUGGUGUCGAAUAA